AUGAGUGUGUUUGUCCACGAAAAGAAAGGAACCGACGACACCGUCGCCGAUGGUUCGGAAGCAAAGCCGUUCAAGUCUGCUUCUUACGCUUUGCUGAAGUCUCCUGAGGCCAAGGUGUUUGUGUCGAAAGAAACCGAACAAGGGGAGGAAUAUGUCGAGAUUUCUCCAACCGCGCUAAAAAAGGCUAAGAAAGGUGUUGAAUCCUUGAAGAAGAAGGAAGAAAAGGCCCGCAAGCAGGCCGCAGAGGCCGCUGCCAAAUCUGACGAAGAGAACGCUAAAUUGCUGGCGGCCAUGAAGAUUACCGUCACCGAAGACAAGUCUCUUCCUCCAGCACAGAAAAUUAAAAUCAGCUCCAUCAGCAAACAUGUGGACCAGAGAGUCAAAGUCCAAGGUUGGAUCCACCGUUUGCGUUCGCAAAAGGGUCUGGCGUUUGUGGUUUUGAGAGACGGUACCGGAUACGUCCAAUGUGUCUUGUCCGGCGACCUUGCCAACGCUUAUCAAACACUCAGUUUGACCGUCGAAUCCACGCUCUCCAUCUAUGGAACAAUCAAGAAGUUGCCUGAAGGAAAGUCUGCUCCUGGCGGAGUGGAAUUAGUGGUGGACUACUACGAAGUCGUGGGUCUGGCACCAUCUGGUAAGGACUCCUUCACCAACAAGAUCCAGGAAGGUACCGAUCCUUCCAUCUUGUUGGACCAAAGACAUCUUGCUCUUAGAGGAGAAACUUUGUCUGCUGUGAUGAAGGUGCGUGCCGCUCUUUUGGCUGCCAUCAGAAGAGUUUAUCAGGAAGAGGCAGUCACCGAGGUGACUCCUCCAUGUAUGGUGCAAACUCAGGUUGAAGGUGGCUCAACCUUGUUCAAGAUGGACUACUAUGGUCAGGAAGCCUUUUUGACUCAGUCUUCGCAACUUUAUCUGGAGACCUGUCUUCCAGCUUUGGGAGACGUGUAUUGUAUCCAGGAGUCUUUCCGUGCCGAAAAGUCUCACACCAGAAGACAUUUGAGUGAAUAUACCCAUAUCGAGGCAGAAUUGGCUUUCUUGACGUUUGAUGAUCUCCUGGCACAUAUCGAGAAGGUCAUCAGCAAGACUGUGACCUAUGUGUUGGAAGAUCCUGUUGCUGGUCCAUUGGUGAAACAAUUACAUCCUGGGUUUGUGGCACCACAAGUUCCGUUCAAGCGCAUGGAGUACAUUGAGGCUCUUGAAUGGUUGAACGAAAACGGCAUUCCAAACGAGGACGGAGAGAAGUUCAAGUUCGGAGACGACAUUGCUGAGGCUGCCGAGAGAAAGAUGGUGGACACCAUUGGUUUUCCUAUCUUGCUUAUCAGAUUCCCUGUGGAAAUCAAGUCUUUCUACAUGAAGAAAUGUGUUGACGACCCAAGAGUCACCGAGUCUGUUGAUGUUUUGAUGCCUACUGUUGGUGAGAUCACUGGAGGAUCCAUGAGAAUUGAGGAUACUCAAGAGUUGCUCGAUGGAUUCAAGAGAGAAGGAAUUGAUGCUGCCAGCUACUACUGGUUCACCGACCAAAGAAUCUACGGAACAUGUCCACACGGAGGCUACGGUUUGGGUACCGAGAGAAUCCUCGCGUGGUUGUGCAACCGGUUCACCGUUAGAGAAUGCUCCUUGUAUCCUCGUUUCACCGGAAGAUGUAAGCCAUAG